AUGGCAUCUAUCGCUUCGCAUCCAGGCGUUGAGGUCCGCGGGACGAAAGGCUCAGGUAGUGGUAGAAGCCUAUAUGCUACCAAGUCAUUCACCCCUGGGGAGCUCAUCGCAACGUUCACAGACCCGAUCUUAGCACUGCCCAACGGCCCAUCCGCUAAGACGGUCUGCAGCAAUUGUCUUGUACACAACGUGCCCACCAAGGCCUGUACAGGAUGCAAGGCUGUAUCGUACUGUGGCGGGCAAUGCCAAAAAGAACACUGGAGUCUCAUCCACAAGCUCGAGUGCAAGAGCUUCCGCAAGGUGAAGGACUCGGUGGAUCAGGAUUGGCUUCCCACCCCCGUCCGCGCUCUCCUCCAGGUGCUGCUCCGGUGGGAUGACGACGAGGAGCUCAGAAAUGCCUUCGGGAGGUUGGAGGGCAACCUGGAGAGGUUCAAGGUCAGGGAGGAUAUCUGGAACGAUAUGAGUCUCCAGGCUUAUGGCGGCAUGAAAUAUGCGGGCAGGAAAGAGGAGGAUGAGCAGCUUCAUCUCUCCCGAGAUAUCCUGUGCAAGAUACAGACGAACUCGUUCGACAGGACCGACGUGGACACCGGACAGGCGGGCAUCUUCCUGCAUCCCACUUUGGCCAUGGUGAAUCACUCCUGUGUGCCGAACGCGAAUGUCAAUUUCCUCAAGCGCCAAGCAUUCCUGAGGGCUGAGUUACCGAUCAAGGAGGGCGAUGAGAUCAAUAUCUCAUACAUCGACUUUACGAAACCAAAACUCUUUCGACAACUCGGCCUGGCGUUGUAUCACUUUGAGUGCGCCUGCCCGCGGUGUAAGGAUGACCUGACUGUGUACGAUGUCUGCCAACAAUCACCGGUUAUUCCUCUCAACUCUUUCAGCCUGGUUCCCAAUCUUCAGAAACUGCGCAAGCCCGCAAUCAGCCCACCGACAUCCAAAAAGGAGCUCAAGGAGCUCAAAGACAGCAUCGAUGAGAUCUAUGUCGCCUGUCAAAACCCUGAACGGUCCAGGGGACCCACAACAACUGAGGAGAGGCUCAUGGUGCUCAGACACCAGUGGCGGCAGUGCCAGCCUCUCAUCGAAGCCGGCAUGUGGGCGCAGGAACCCCUGGGCCUGACGGUUGAGCACGCCAUCAUGUACUACACAGAGAUAGGGAGCUACGCACACGCGCUGGCGGUAGCUUGCUUCGCGGCACUGAACUGCGCGCCGUACAAGUACCCAGCACCGUUCAAGGAGAGGCGGCUGAAGGGCCUUAUGGUCAUCGCUAAGACGCUGACAAACACUGCGCCGCCGUCGGCCAUGAAGGCGCUGACCGACAUCACCGAUCAGCGGGUGAUGGUGUGCCUGCUCCAGGCGGACCAGGUGGCCAUCUGCGAGGCCCUGGCGCUGAUGGUGGAGAAGUACGGCCCGACAGCCCACUCGGAGGAGUGGGAGAUCCUCCAACUGGCGAGGAGCAUGCUUCAGGACAUCGCGAGCCUGCCGGGCCGGGAGAAGGAGGCUGCGCUGCUGCGGGGAUGGGUUGGGAGCAAGGACGAGGCCGGCACGAAGUACUUCAAAGAGCAGAUCCUUCUGCCAAUUGAGGACCUUGCUGGGUUUGCUGUGGAUAUUAUGAAAGGGGACUUCGAGACCGAUGAGCCCAUCCUGGAGGUGGACAAGGUCGACUAA